AACCAGAUUUUCCCAGUUUGGACAUACUCCUACCUCGUGCUCCUUUUCCCAGUCUUCCUGAUUACAGACUAUGUGCGCUACAAGCCCAUCCUCCUCCUCCAGGGAGUCAGCUUCAUCAUCACAUGGCUCUUGCUCCUCUUCGCACACGGUGUGGCGGCCAUGCAGGUGGUCGAAUUCUUCUAUGGGAUGGUGACAGCCAGCGAGGUCGCCUAUUACGCCUACAUCUACAGCGUCGUCAGCACCGAUCACUAUCAGAGAGUGACGAGCUAUUGCAGAAGUAUCACUCUGGUGGCAGCCACUGUUGCCGCCGUGCUGGGACAGCUGCUGGUUUCCUUAGCAAAUGUAUCCUACUUUCACCUUAAUGCCAUUACUUUGGCUUCCGUGUCCCUGGCAUUUGUGUGUUCGUUUUUCCUCCCAAUGCCUCAAAAGAGCAUGUUCUUCCACAGGAAAGAUGUCUCAGAAACAUUCCCAGCACCGGAUAAAGUUGUGGCUACAGUCUGCUCUGACGGGCCAUCGAGCUGCCAAGAGGACAAGGGCUCCGCGCCUGCUGACAGGGGACCAACAGCUGAACAGCAGCCUGACAAGGCCAAGCCCCAGAAUCACGUGCUCAGAGUACUGGUGCAGCUGAGCCAGGACCUGAGGGAUUGCUACAGCUCUAGGAAACUUCUCUACUGGUCCCUGUGGUGGGCUCUGGCUACGGCAGGCUUUAACCAGGUUCUGAAUUACAUCCAAGUGCUGUGGGACUUCAGAGCCCCCUCUCACAGCUCUGCCGUGUACAAUGGAGCUGUUGAAGCAAUAGCAACU